AUGACAGGUCUUAGCAAUGGCGCCUCCGCAUUGAACAAGGUGAAGUUCACAAAGCUUUUCAUCAACGGAGAGUUUGUUGACUCUGUCUCAGGAAAGACAUUUGAGACAAUAGAUCCAAGAACAGGAGAUGUUAUUGCAAGAAUCAGCGAAGGAGAUAAAGAAGACAUAGACAUUGCUGUUAAAGCAGCACGUCACGCGUUUGACUUUGGUCCUUGGCCUCGCAUGUCGGGCGCUGCUAGAGGUAAAAUUUUGUUGAAAUGGGUGGAGCUAAUCGAAGAACAUGCAGAAGAACUUGCAACACUAGAUGCCAUUGAUGCGGGGAAGUUGUAUCAUAUGUGUAAGAAUGUGGAAGUUCCAUCAGCGGCAAACACUCUCCGUUACUAUGCUGGUGCUGCCGACAAAAUUCAUGGAGAGGUCUUGAAAAUGUCUCGAGAGUUUCAUGCGUAUACACUACUGGAACCAGUUGGUGUUGUGGGACACAUAACUCCUUGGAAUUUUCCCAAUACCAUGUUUUAUAUUAAGGUUGCUCCUUCUUUAGCUGCUGGUUGCACCAUGGUCAUCAAGCCUGCUGAACAAACACCCCUCUCUGCUUUGUACAAUGCUCAUCUUGCUAAACUGGCUGGAAUUCCAGAUGGAGUGCUCAAUGUAGUGACCGGAUUUGGCCCAACUGCUGGUGCUGCAUUAAGCUCACACAUGGAUGUUGAUAAGGUAAGCUUUACUGGUUCAACCCAAACGGGUCGGGAGAUAAUGCAGGCUGCAGCUAAGAGUAACUUGAAACAAGUUUCACUUGAAUUAGGAGGGAAGUCACCUCUCAUAAUUUUUGAUGAUGCUGAUGUUGACAAAGCUGCUGAGCUUGCUUUAAUUGGCAUCCUAUAUAACAAGGGAGAAGUUUGUGUAGCAAGUUCUCGUGUGUUUGUUCAGGAAGGGAUCUAUGAUGAAUUUGAGAAAAAGUUGGUGGAGAAGGCAAAAGCUUGGGUCGUUGGGGAUCCUUUUGAUCCCAAAGUCCAACAAGGACCACAGGUUGACAAGGAACAAUUUGAGAAGGUUCUUUCAUAUAUUGAGCAUGGAAAGAGAGAGGGAGCUACCCUUUUGACUGGUGGUAAAACAGUGGGAAACAAGGGCUACUUCAUUGAGCCAACAAUUUUCUCUGAUAUAAAGGACGAGAUGAUAAUAGCACAAGAUGAAAUAUUUGGCCCUGUGAUGGCGUUGAAGAAGUUUAAGACCAUCGAAGAAGCAAUUAAAAGUGCUAAUAACACAAAGUAUGGCCUAGCAGCAGGCAUAGUGACAAAGAAUUUGGAUACAGCAAACACUGUGUCAAGGUCCAUUCGAGCAGGAACCAUUUGGAUCAAUUGCUACUUUGCAUUUGGUGAUGAUGUUCCUUUUGGAGGAUAUAAGAUGAGUGGAUUUGGAAAAGACCAUGGAUUGGAAGCACUUCACAAGUACUUACAAGUUAAAUCGGUUGUAACCCCUCUUUACAAUUCUCCUUGGCUUUGA